GGGUUAUAACGACCACGAUCCACAAAUCAAGCCCUCCAAAAUAACCCAAAUGAGCUCUUACUUUGUAAACUCGUUCUCGGGGCGCUAUCCAAAUGGCCCGGACUAUCAGUUGCUAAAUUAUGGCAGUAGCAGCUCUUUGAACGGUUCUUACAGGGAUUCUGCUACCAUGCAUACCAGCUCUUACGGCUACAAUUACAAUGGGAUGGAUCUCAGCAUCAACCGCUCCUCAGCCUCCUCCAGCCACUUUGGGGCGGUGGGGGAGACCUCGCGUGCCUUCCCCUCGCCCAGCCAGGAGUCCCGGUUCAGGCAGGCUUCAAGCUGCUCCCUGUCCUCUCCUGAGUCCCUGCCCUGCUCCAACAGCGACAACCACGGAGGCAAGCCCUCUGCCUCGUCCCCCUCUGACCAGGCGACCUCUGCCAGUUCCAACACCAAUUUUACAGAAAUAGACGAGACCAGCGCGUCCUCGGAGCCCGAAGAAGCAAGUCAGUUAAAUAACAGCAGCUUAAGCCGAGCCCAGACAGAACCCAUCGCGACCUCCACAGCGACAACGGAGGGACAGACUCCACAAAUAUUCCCCUGGAUGAGGAAGCUGCACAUUAGCCACGAUAUGACCGGCCCGGAUGGAAAAAGGGCACGGACCGCUUACACUCGCUACCAGACCCUGGAGUUGGAGAAAGAGUUUCACUUCAAUAGGUAUCUCACCCGCCGGCGGAGGAUAGAGAUCGCCCACGCUCUCUGCCUCUCGGAGAGGCAGAUUAAGAUCUGGUUUCAGAACCGCCGGAUGAAAUGGAAGAAAGAUAACAAACUGAAGAGCAUGAGUUUGGCUACGGCCGGCAGCGCCUUCCAGCCUUAAAUUCUGGAGGAGCCCAAACCCACAGUCAAUCCCCCUACCCCCCAGUCCCUCCACACACAGUCAGUCUCCAGGCGCCGGCCUCUUCCUUUCUGUCGCUCUCUGUGGACUUAGAACCGACUCCUAAUGCCGUAGAAGCGAACGCUCCACAGCAUUGCUGUGGCUUGAGAUUUUCCGUUCGGUCUUAGGUCCUCCUGUUCCUUCCCUACCUUCCCACAACCUCUUUGGACUGGUUAUUAUUGUUAUUAUAAUUAAUAAUUAUUAUUAUUUCCCACUCCAAGCCCUCCUCUACCCCAUCAGUGUUUCUGAAUGUUCGUGUCCGUGAUUGCUUCUCCCCCCAAAAAAGGAAAGAAACUCGCAUGUUUAAUGUGAAUUCCCCUCCCCUUUCUGUGUUCUAACUUAUUUAUAAAAGGAGGAUGGAUGCAUUUGCGUUUAUAGCUUGGAAUCUCUGUACUUGAACUGCAGUUGGGUGUAGGUGGGGGCCUGGGAUGGGGAGAGAGACGUUCAGUGGGAACGAAAGGAAAAUAAUCUCAGAUUAACUGCCAAUAUAGGGAAAAAAGAUAUAAUAUAUAUACAUAUAUUUUUCUCCCCAUCUCCCUUUCUCCUCUUCUCAUACAGGUCUGGAUCUCCCUUUUUGCCUAAUCCUGGGUGGGACUGAGGCAGAGGGAUAGGCCUGGGACUGGUCAGAAGGGGAUAUUAAGGUGCAAGUCUCAGUCUCAGCAAAAGAAGCCGGGACCUGAGACUUUGAGGAAGCCAAAAAGGGGGGGGGGGGGAGCGGGAAAGCCUGAUCAAAUGGGAAAUCUAGGUGUGUAUCAGGCCAAUCUUCAAGGCCCCAGGGUGUGUAAAUAUUGGAAUACUUAGGUUCGGAUGCACCCUCUCCCCAGUCCUCCUGCCCCCAAGACCAUUUGUAGUCAGCCGAGUGGAUGCUGUGUUCUGUGUGAAAUCUGUCUUUGCCGGACCGUCUCAGUGAUACGCUUUUUGUAUUUGUUUGUAGCUUUUCUUGAAGUCGAAUAAACAUCUCUCCUACUCCA